AUGUCGUCAAAUUUCUCACCGCCCCUCAGGCCCCGUACUGCGGACGACAGUGGAGCUACUUGGCUGCUUUCAUCUCCUCACUCCUCCCUUGACUGCUCGUUUCCUUUCCUCUCUGUUGUCAACUGUCUCCCCGGCCACUCAAGCCCCCUACUCCGGACGACGCUGGAGCUGCAGGCUCCCAACUCUGGGCGCAACCACGGACCCCUACUCCGGACGACGCUGGAAUUGCAGGCCCCCAACUCUGAGCGCAACCGCAGCAAGGCCAAGGCCCGGGCCCAGAAGCAGAAGAUCACCUUCUCCACUGAGUUUCCGGCAGAGGCGAUUGGCGGCACCACAGCGCCCCCUACUCCGGACAACAGUGGAGCUACUUGGGAGCAACCGCGGCAAGGCCAAGGCCAAGGCCCAGAAGCAGAAGGUCACCUUCAGCACCGAUGCGCCGGCAGAGGCGAUUGGUGGCACCACACCACCGCGUGCAGCGACCUGACCUCCAGCAUCGGCGGCAGCGCCAAGGUCACCAUCGUGUGGGGAGUCGCCAAGCUGCAGGUCGCCGGCACUGCAGCUGGCGCCGCCAAGCUCGCAGCAGCUGGCGGCGGCAUGUGCUAUGCUUUGAACUUCUACUCCGGCCCGAGCUGCUCGGGGCAGGCGGCUCUCACGAUCAUGCGCCCUCGGUGGAAGGGCCUUGCCUUCCCCGUCACGAAAAGGUGUGUGCGCGUGGUGCACGGGCGCAUAUGUGAUGCACGGCACAUGUGUGAUGCUCGGCACAUGUGUGAUGCACGGCACAUGUGUGAUGCACGGCACAUGUGUGAUGCACGGCACAUGUGUGAUGCACGGCACAUGUGUGAUGCACGGCACAUGUGUGAUGCACGGCACAUGUGUGAUGCACGGCACAUGUGUGAUGCACGGCACAUGUGUGAUGCAAGGCACAUGUGUGAUGCACAGCACAUGUGUGAUGCACGGCACAUGUGUGAUGCACGGCACAUGUGUGAUGCACGGCACAUGUGUGAUGCACGGCACAUGUGUGAUGCACGGCACAUGUGUGAUGCACGGCACAUGUGGAUGCACGGCACAUGUGUGAUGCACGGCACAUGUGUGAUGCACGGCACAUGUGUGAUGCACGGCACAUGUGUGAUGCACAGCACAUGUGGUUCUGAUCCUUUUCUCUUAUGGUUCAUGGGUACAACACUCAUUGAUCACCAGAGAGUUUGCUUGGCCGUUGUAGCGUGGAUGCAGUGA